AUGUCGACGGCAGCCGCAUCAGCAGUAGUAGUCAACCACAGAAUAGUAAAUCUCAACCAGAUGAAGUCUACGCUACUAUCCUCAUCGUCAUCGUCAUUCAUCAGCACCAAAUGUCCUCCGUACAGAUGCGACGGCCCCCACAAAAGGAAUUCUCAUUAUUACCUCGCUGCCUUCAAAUUCAAACGCCCAUUCUCUCCUGUAAUGGAAUGGCAAGAUUGCACGGUAAAGAUGGAAGUGGAUGUUCCCACUUCUGUUGCUUAUAAAUGUUACGCUGAUCGUGAAGCCAUUCCUCAAUGGAUGCCCUUCAUUUCGUCAGUAAAGAUUCUGGAGGAUAAGCCUGACCUAUCACGAUGGUCACUGAAGUAUAAAGCAUUUGGGCAAGAUAUUGAAUUUUCUUGGCUUGCUAGAAACAUGCAGCCUAUACCAAACCAGAAAAUUCAUUGGAGAUCUCUGGAAGGUCUUCCUAACAGGGGAGCUGUGCGGUUUUUUCCUAAAGGCAUUUCCUCGUGCUUGAUUGAACUUACUGUUUCAUACGAAGUCCCUCAACUGCUGAUUCCAGUGGCUUCCGCAUUGGAACCUUUUCUUGAAAGCUUGCUAGUCCGUGGAUUGGAACGGUUUGCAAAGUUUGCUAAAAGCUAUUCCGCUGAUUGA